CUAUCCUGGCCUUAUAUAAAUCCCAACAUAGACUCCAUCACAACCCACUGGUUUUUGUCAAAAAAAAAAAAAAAGAAGGAAAAAAAAAAACCACCAGUUUUGUCACCAUAACCAAUCAAACAAUGGAAGAUCCCAUAAUAUUAUACACAUCCCUUUCCCUCAUCAUCCUCCUAAUAGCUCUCAAGCUCAUCCUCCAAACCCAAACCCCAAAAAAGAACCUCCCACCAAGUCCACUGGCUCUUCCGGUCAUCGGUCACCUCCACCUCCUGAAACCCCCCAUCCACCGCACCUUCCACCGCCUCUCCCAAAAAUUCGGCCCCGUUUUCUCCCUCUGGCUUGGCUUCCGCCGCGUCGUCGUCGUCUCCUCCCCCUCCGCAGUCGAGGAAUGCUUCUCCAAAAACGACGUCGUCCUCGCCAACCGCCCUCCCCUCAUCAUGGGGAAGUACAUCAGCUACAACCACACCACCAUCGUCGCCGCCCCCUACGGCGACCACUGGCGCAACCUCCGCCGCAUCGGCACCCUCGAGAUCUUCUCCUCGGCGCGUCUAAACAACUUCCUCGUUUCUAGAAGGGACGAGGUCAAGCGCCUGCUCCGGCGAAUCUCCGUGAACUCGCUUCGAGCCUCCGGAAAGGUCCAGCUGAAAUCGGUUUUUCAGGAGCUGACGCUGAACAUCAUAAUCAGAAUGGUCGCCGGGAAGAGGUACUACGGUGAAGACGUGGCGGACGAGGAUGAGGCGACGAAGUUUCGGGAGAUCAUGAAGGAGGUUUUCGAGAAUGGUGGGGCCGGGAAUCCCGCCGAUUUCUUGCCUAUUUUGAAUUGGAUUCCGGAAGGUUACGAGAAGAGAAUCAAGAGGCUGGCGAAGAGGACGGACUCUUUUCUGCAGAGUUUGAUCGAGGAGCAUCGGAGUAGGAAAGAGAGUAAGAACACCAUGAUUGAUCAUUUGCUUUCUUUGCAGGUGUCGCAGCCUGAGUAUUACACCGACCAGAUUAUCAAAGGCUUCGUACUGAUAUUGUUAUUGGCCGCAACGGAUACAUCAGCGGUGACGCUAGAAUGGGCAAUGUCCAAUCUGCUUAACCAUCCCAACAUCCUUAAAAAGGCUAAAGCCGAAUUGGAUGCUCAAAUUGGUCAACAACAAUUGGUCGAAGAGUCGGAUCUCUCAAAACUAAAUUACCUCCAAAACAUCAUCUCCGAGACUCUUCGGCUAUAUCCAGCGGCUCCAAUGCUUGUACCUCACUACUCAUCCGACGACUGCACCAUCGGUGGAUACGACGUGCCACGUGGAACAAUACUAUUGGUCAAUGCGUGGGCGAUACAUAGAGACCCCAAGUUGUGGGACGAUGCGGAGAGUUUUAUACCCGAGAGGUUUGAGAAUGGGGAGAGCGAGAGUUACAAGCUAUUUCCAUUUGGGCUUGGAAGGAGGUCUUGUCCCGGAAUAGGCCUGGCCCAGCGUGUUGUGGGCUUGACUUUGGGCUCGUUGAUUCAGUGCUUUGAGUGGGAGAGGACUAGCGAGGAAGAAGUUGAUAUGGCUGAGGGUAAAGGGCUCACAAUGCCCAAAGUAGUGCCAUUGGUGGCCGUGUGUAAAGCACGGCCCAUUAUGAACGUUGUUCUCUCUGAAGCCGUUGAUGAUAUUUAGUUGAAGGAAAAAUAUAAGAUUGCUGUUGUAAUUUUCAUGUAAGAAACAUUUCGAGUAUCUAGGUAAGUACUGAAAUACUGCAUUGAUCA